UGGGAAUGUGAUUUGUGCAAGUGGUGGUGACUUUUGUUUUGGAUUAAAGUUUGAGUGUCGUGUGUCGUUUUCUUAAAAUAAUCGACAUCACCGUUAAAGAAUUCCCCUGUGGUUAGUGUGUAAAAGAGAUUUAUUAGUGACAUUUGUGGGUUACAUACAAAACCCAAGAAAAAGUUAUAAAAAUAACUCUAAAGUGUGUGUCAAGUGCCAAAACGAAACCAAACCAAGCAAAGUGUAGUUUAUUUAAAGUGAUCAUUUCAAAGGAAAGGUUUCGAGACAAAAAUGUUACGAACGUCGACGACGUUCUUGCUUUUCUGAAGUCAAUGGAUAAAACGAUAAUGACAGAUUGGUGCCGGCUGCCAUCAGGCGUCAAGUGCUCCUGCCUGCUGGCGGGUACGCCCGAAUACGAGCGACUGAGCCCGACGCAGCACGAUGAAGUGCAGGCGACCGCCGACCUGUUCAGGCGCAUGACGGCCGCCGCCUCGGUCUCGCCCGAGAACAACGAUGACGACUUCGGCUUCGAUUCGGGAUCGGGAGACUAUUCGGAGGGAAAGGACUCGACUAACGAGAAACAGGAAGAGUUGUCUUUCCACAAUGACGACGGUUCCUACCAAUUGGUGACAGUUGAGAGGAACUUAAGGGCGGUCGACCUUUGUCAACUUUUAGCUGUCAAAAACAGGGGCAUUAAGGACCCCAAAUGGACACUUUAUGAACACUGGCCAGAUCUGGGACUAGAACGUCCUCUCGAGGACCAUGAGGAUGUCCUUAGGACUUAUAGAGAAAUGCAGUGCUUUUCCAAACGAGCAAGAAAACGGUUUGUUUUUAGGAAAGACCCUAGGAAAUAUGAUUAUUUUGCAGACCCACAGAAUUUUUUCCCGACUGACAUGAUGGUUGCAAGUGCUAUUGACGAUUUUAUCAACCCUAUAUACACGUCUUCGUCCUCCGUGUUCGCCCAAUCGUCAUCAGCCAACAUUUCCACGAACCCCAAGUUCACCCUCGUCGGCCUGGUUUGGAUCCGCGCUGGGCCGUCCUGCGGCAACGCUCACGCCCAGCAGCGCGUCUGGCGGCAGGUGCUGCUACUGCUGGCCGGUUCGAAACUCUACUACACCAGGGAAGCAGAAACAGCUGCCAGAGCGGUGAGGGACAGAGAGAGAGGAGAGGCGGUUAAGGAUAAUAAGAAUUUUUUCCCGACUGACAUGAUGGUUGCAAGUGCUAUUGACGAUUUUAUCAAUCCUAUAUACACGUCUUCGUCCUCCGUCUUCGCCCAAUCGUCAUCAGCCAACAUUUCCACCAACCCCAAGUUCACCCUCGUCGGCCUGGUUUGGAUCCGAGCUGGGCCCUCGUGCGGCAACGCUCACGCCCAGCAGCGCGUCUGGCGGCAGGUGCUGCUACUGCUGGCCGGUUCGAAACUCUACUACACCAGGGAAGCAGAAACAGCUGCUAGAGUCGUGAGGGACAGAGAGAGAGGAGAGGCGGUUAAGGAUAAUAAGGUAGGUCGUUUAUUUAUUUGA